AUGGCAGCGCGACGCGACGGCGAUGGUGACGAGGUGCGGGAGGCACGCGACGCGCUGUUGGAGUUGGGUCGAGGGCCGGUUAGAGGUGUUGUUGUGGAUGAGCCAGAUCGCAUCAACGAGUUGGUUUCUUUCGGUUCCAUUUCGCGCCCGCCCGAAGUAGUCGGCCGCAUUUUCAUGACCGAUGGGGAAGGCGGCGAUCUCGAACGGCUAGCUGUCGCACUUAAUCAUCCUAAGGCAAAACCAAAUUGCCGGUCAAUGAUAGACUACAGUUCGGCGCUGCACGUUGCGGCCGAGAACCACGAGUUAGAAGCGAUUAAAGCACUUCUUGACGACGGGCGUUGCAAUGCCAAUGCACGAAACUACUAUAUUCGCACGCCAUGCCACGUAGCAGCUACGGUAGGGGACUUCGAGAUUGUCGAGCUUCUCGCCAAGCACUCUCAGGCGUUGGCCGACCUCACUCUAAAGGAUUAUGAGAGCAAAACAUGCUGGGAGCUUGCACGUAUACAUGGCUUUCACGACUGUGCUGAUAACAUCGAACACCUUGCCUCCAACGGUGCAGGCAUGCGCCUGCGGCGAUGUGCCUUCUCUCGGUUGAGUCCCCACCCAUUACAGGUCCCCGGUGAAAUAGACUAUGAGUAUGUCCAGCCCCCAAUAUAUGGCACGGACCUUGACAUGGAAAUUGACUGCGCAUUUGAGACUGUAGGAGAAAAUGCGCCCGGCGACUCCCUCGAGAAACCGCAAUCAUUCAAGCCAGACGAAAAGACGGAGCUGCAGUCUCGCCAGCUUUCUCGAGAGCUCUGUUGUCGGGCUUCUGCCUGA